UGGUCUAGGAUCAAAUUAUUUGGGGCGGAUUCGGAACCGUGAAGCAAUUCCAACGCUCACUCGACACCCUCGCCGCUUGUGACUGUCGCUGAGAGAAGAAAGAAAACUAUGGAAAUUUUUCGUUCUCAGAAUCGCAGUAACUUCUUGUCCUCCUCCAACGACGCCGUUUCGGUUCCCACCAUUCCCCUCUAUCGCUCCGCCCCGGCGCUCGAAGUCAGGCUUGAGGAUUUCGAGUCCUUCGCCAUCGACCGCCUCCGAGUUCUCAAGGGGAUUUCUGAUGGUUUGUCACGGGGAAAGAAACCUGACGAAAUGGAAAAUUUGGUAAAGGAUCUGUGGAAAGUGAAUAUGAGACACCAACACGCAUCUGAGGUUCUAAACAAGGAUAUUAUAUCUCAUUUUGUUCUGCGUUUGGUGUAUUGCAGAACGGAGGACCUGAGGAAAUGGUUUCUUUCUAUGGAAUCUGCACUCUUUCGAUACCGUUUUCGUCUUCUGAAUGCUGAAGCUCAGAGGGCAGUCAUGGAUGAAUUUGACCUUCCUUACAGGGCUGUUAGCAAUGUGGAAUUUGAGAGCAUAAAAGAGAAAUUGGGACAAGUUGCACGUUCUAUGGGUCAGCCUUCACCCACUGCUGAUGCUAUCUUCUACAAGAAGAUACUCAAAAUGUCUGAGGGAAUUGAAGAGAAAGGAAAGAGAAUCGCUAUCAUUGUUGUCUCAAUCUUAAUAUUGGUGGCCAUGAUCGUGGCUAUGACAUUUGGUUUUAAUCGCGAUGAGAGUGAUUCAAAUAAUGAUAUAGAAGAUACCAAGAAGGACAACAUUGUUUCUACUGUGAAAUUCGUCCAAACCCUUUGUUACCCUACUAAUUAUAAGAAAGAAUGUGAGAAAAUAGUAAGGGUUGAAAACACCAAGGACGUAAAAGAGCUUAUCAAAAUUGCCUUCAACACCACCAAUACAAAAAUUAGUGAUGAACUCAAAGAAACUAAUCUUUAA